AAUAAAUUUCCAAAAGGGUUUUCGAGUUUGAAGAUUCUGUGAAUGCAUUGUGUCUUUUGGUGACUGUACGAGCAUUUUAACAGUGGAAAGAUACUGCACUUAGUUUGUGAAGCGUAACGCAAGCAUGAUGGCAGAACGAUGCUAUUUUCUGUGUUCGCGAGUUCUGAUCAAUUCAUAACAUUUCCGAGAAAGACAUUGAGAGUGUGUUAAUGCCAAAGGUAAACAAACAAUACAAUCCGACUCCCUUAUUUAGUUAUUUUUAUUUUUAACUACUAAAGAAGAUUUUAACUUGUUGUUUGACAUGAUCUGCUUCUGCUUUUGGUUUCCCUAUUCAGGAGGAGAUUUCUCUGGAAGCCCCUAUUCCCAUCCUCAGUAUUCCACAUACAACGAAUCCUGGAGAUUUCCUAACCCUAGUUUAUUAGUGUUUCAGCAAGAUUACGGAUCCCUCUUAGGUACUGAAAUCGGCUGUUCCUCGAGUCUCUUCACCAGCCAGGCGGGACAGAUGCAAGGCUCACCGUACUACUACAGUGCGACAUCACGUGGGGCCGGACCCACCGCCACGGCCACAGCCACGGCGUACGAUCGCCACUGACCAUGCCUGCUGAGAAGAGGAGAGGACAAGGGAAGGAGGGAGGGAAAGGAUAGCACCAGCACUGCUCACUUCAACAAGUCUGCCCCCGUGCACUGACCAAUCACAUUUUGACAAUUGUGAAUCCUUUUUGGACUGUCAUUGAAACCGACCUACGCACUGCCACCCUGUCAAAAAGUUACUGUGAGGACACGCGUGAUGCAGUGCGACAGGUAGGCUCCAUCCAUGCAUUUCGAGUACAUUUUUGCAACUCUGAGGACUCUUCUACUACAUCAGACGUGGAUAUGUUCAUUUUCAACCACUAACAAAUCCAAGAGACAUAUCCACAAGCCACGAUUUAGCAUUUCGUAAUCUUGUGGGCUGAUUGCUUUGUGUGUGACGGUUGGGACGAUUCUUUUUCUGAUGAUACAGUGUGGCCUGGCUAGAGCAAAAUCAAACCACGCUUUUUUAAAACCAGUGGUCAAUCAAUUCAAUGUUCUAUGCCAUGUUACGCUGAAGUAAAGACAAUCCAACUUGCAUAACUUUAAAUGACCAAACCCUUUUAAUGCCAGCCUCUUGGAUUACACCAUGGGUGGGGAAUCUACAGCCUGUGGGCCAUAUCGGGCCAUGACAGCAUUUUAUUCGGCCCACCGGCUAAAUAAAAUGCUCCAAAUUAUCUGCAAUUGUUCAGAAUUUAUCGAGCCAUCCUUUUCAUACCCUGCAAACUUUGGGCAAGAGGCCCGAUACACACAGGGCUGUUUGCCAACUAAUUAAUUAUCAGGGGCAGCAAACUAAGUUUUAUUGUCGGCCACAUUGUCGAGUUCAUAUAAAUGCAUUAUUAUUAAUCUUCAUCUUCGUUAUACUACUUCAUACUUUAUAAUUUCACCUGCAUUUAAUGGUUGUUUGAUACUUUUUUUAAACAGAUUGAAGUUGAAGUGACAACCCAAUAUUCAAGUACAGUAUACACCAAUUUUUCAAUCUAUGUUAAAAAAAGAUUUUUUUUGUAAUGCUUUUAAUAGCAUAAAAAUUGAGGAAAACCAAUCGUUUUGGUAAAGAUUUUCUGCCAAAUGAAAAGAACAAAUCAAUUUGGCUACAAACAUGAAGUAGACAGACACACUUGGGUUUGCUUUAGUGAGCCAUUUGAAACGGUCCCACAUAGGUUCCCUACCCCUGGGUGACAAUAAAGUAACGAUGACGAGGAUGAGCCUUUCGGACAAAGCACAGACCUCAAGUGUAAAAUGAAUUAUGGACUAUGUUGAAAUGAGACCCAACUAAAUUCAAACAGCGUGUGUUACCAUACAGGAAGGUGCUAUCCAAUCUCCCCCGGCAAGAUUUCGUAGUCAUCAAUAGCUAUUUAUAAUGGU